AUGGGUUGUACCAUGUCACAGGAGGAGCGUGCCGCUCUUGAAAGAUCACGAAUGAUUGAAAAGAAUCUGAAAGAGGACGGCAUGCAGGCGGCCAAAGAUAUCAAGCUGCUACUUUUAGGAGCCGGAGAAUCCGGAAAAUCGACAAUUGUCAAACAGAUGAAAAUUAUUCACGAGUCCGGAUUCACAGCAGAGGACUACAAACAGUACAAGCCGGUAGUGUACAGUAACACGGUUCAGUCGCUGGUCGCGAUACUUCGCGCCAUGACCAAUUUAGGAGUAUCAUUCGGUUCGUCGGAGCGAGAGGUAGAUGCAAAAUUAGUGAUGGACGUCGUCGCGCGGAUGGAGGACACUGAGCCGUUCUCCGAGGAGCUUCUCAGCUCCAUGAAGCGAUUGUGGUCCGACAGCGGUGUUCAGGAUUGUUUUGCGCGAAGCAACGAGUAUCAGCUCAAUGAUUCGGCCAAAUAUUUCCUUGACGAUUUGGAGCGGUUAGGUGAAGCGACAUAUCAGCCAACUGAGCAGGAUAUUCUCCGAACUCGUGUCAAAACCACUGGUAUCGUCGAAGUCCAUUUCACGUUCAAAAACCUCAAUUUCAAACUCUUCGACGUCGGAGGUCAAAGGUCGGAGAGGAAGAAGUGGAUUCAUUGCUUCGAAGAUGUCACCGCCAUCAUUUUCUGUGUCGCCAUGUCCGAAUAUGAUCAGGUGUUGCACGAAGACGAGACAACGAAUCGAAUGCACGAGUCGCUGAAAUUGUUCGACUCGAUUUGCAACAACAAAUGGUUCACGGACACCUCGAUCAUUUUGUUCUUGAACAAGAAGGAUCUGUUCGAGGAGAAGAUCAAGAAGAGCCCGCUCACGAUCUGCUUCCCUGAAUACUCGGGGCGACAGGAUUAUCACGAGGCGUCGGCGUACAUUCAAGCACAAUUCGAGGCCAAGAACAAGUCGGCGAAUAAGGUUCGUGAGAUCUACUGUCAUAUGACGUGCGCUACGGACACAACGAACAUCCAAUUUGUGUUCGACGCUGUCACCGAUGUGAUUAUUGCGAAUAAUCUGCGCGGUUGUGGUCUUUAUUAG